AAAACACCGGGAUUACUCUGCAUGCGGCCCAGCUCCCGCGCAGGCACCGGAGCCGACCUCGCGAGACUCCGAAGUCACGUGGGUUCUCGCGAUAACCGGCCAAAUAGGAAGUAGUAGUAAACAAACCCCCAGUUUUCGAUUAGAUUUACAACAUUUCUUGUUCUGCGUGACUCGUGUUCGGACAAUGGUCCGCAUUAGCAGACGGAGGGCGGCCGCCCUCGCUCUCCUGCUGCUGCGGCUGAGGAGAGAAAGGAGAAGACGCUUCUGGAUUCACCCCAGCAACCAGAGCCGAAGAGAACGAGGGCAACUCCAGAACCUCAUCGCUGAGCUGAGGCGGGACAGCCAGCGUCACCAUGGUUACUUUCGGAUGAGCGUGGAGAAGUUUGAUGAGAUCCUCUCCAUCAUCGGCCCUGACCUGAGGAGGCAAACUACCAACUUCAGGAAUCCGGUAUCACCCGAGGAGCGCCUGGCGAUGGCCUUACGAUACCUGGCCUCUGGAGACUCCCUGAUCAGCCUCGCUAACAACUUUCGCCUCGGCCACUCGACAGUCGUGAAUUCUGUCCACAUGGUCUUUGCAGCCAUAGAGGACAGGAUGAUGGACCGGUUCCUCCCGGUGCCUACAGAGGAAACCUGGUCUGCUGUUGCAGACAGCUUCUGGAGCAAAUGGGACUUUCCUAACUGCUUGGGGGCCCUGGGGGCAAAGCUGGUCCACGUAACUGCCCCAGCACACUCGGGAUUGCGGCUCUGUGACUCCAGGAACUUUUCCCUCCGUCUCAUGGCCUUAAUAGACGCCGAGUGCAGGUUUGUGGUCAUUCAGGUGGGAGACCAUGGAGGCGAUGGUGAAGAUUUUGCUGCCUCUGAUCUUGGAAGGGGGAUGGAGAGUGAGACUCUGCAUGUUCCCCCCAGUGCUCCUCUGCCCGGGGCUCCUCAGCUCGGCCCAGCACCGUUUGCUAUGGUUGGAGAUGCAACAUUCCCUCUAAAGACGUACCUAAUGACGCCCUACGCCGCUGAAGAUCUGGACCACGGCGAGAAGCUCUUCAACUACAGACUGUCCCGGGCCCGCCUGACAGUGGAAAGAACUUUUGGGAUUCUCUCAGCCAGAUGGAGGGUUUUGUUACAGAGGAUCAACCUGUCGCCCGAAAACGUGAACACACUAGUGAUUGCGGCCUGCAUUCUACACAACUUCCUGCACAAUCCAGGUGACAACCGCACGUGGCUGGAGGAUUCCGAGGAGCGAGGAGAGGCCAUGGAAGACGCUCUGAACACUGGACCCCCCCAGGGAGGCGGGGCGGCUGCUGCAGCGCGAGCAGUGUACACCGCUUUUUUCAGCUCUCCUGCUGGUGGGGCUCCGUGGCAGGAGGAGAUAUGAGAACAGUCUGAAGGUGAUCGAGACGUACCUGAAAGAGGAUUCUGUGUUCUGGUCUUUGCUUUUUUAAAGAAAUAAAGUCAACAGAGGAAUAUGUGUUGUUGAUUUCUGUAAAUCUUUGUUGGAACAGAAACUCCUCACAGAAAAACCUCUGGAGAAGCAUCAGUCAUCACCCCCCCCAUGCUCACCUUUGUCUACUGCAUGUUUAAUGCAUAUAAAUGUAGAGAUGUCCCGACCAGGUUCUUUGGGACUCGGUCCGAUUCAGAGUCAUUUUGAGUAUCUGUCGUGUCCUGAUACUUUAGUUUAGCCUUAUGCUAGCUGUUUUGGCUAAUCUAGGCUUCAUCUUCCUGUUUUUCAUGCUUUUUUUUAACUCUACCAGUUUUUUAGGCU